AUGUCAACUUCCAAUGAUGGACUUCCAACCUCCAGUGAAGAACUAAACCGCGACUGUAACUGCUUUUCCGACUUUGAUGAGAAACAAAGGGGCUUGCUCACUAUCUCCUCUACUGUAUUGUCUCACGUGAAAUCCGGUGAAGAGAAAACUUGUGACCAGACAGUUCAUGGAAAAACGAUUUGUGUGAGAUACGGCAUGACUGCGGUCUAUGAAGUUGCAAUGGCCCCCAGCAGGGAAUUCGACGCAACCUUGCAUAUUCAUACCCGUGUUACGAAGGUAGGCUCAACCCCAAUCAACAUACCGGUCCAUCACCCACCUCUUGACCUCACUCGGUUUUCUGACCUCACUCAGCUUCCUGACAACAGCUACAUCAGUGUUCAGAUAUGGCGGCACGCUUGGGCCGUUGCUCACAGAACAUGUGAUCACCCGUCGGCAGUCGCUUACACAGGCCAUCAUCUUCAAUCAUAUCCAAUUGACACAGGAGAAGAAUCUCAAGAAGAAGUGAAGAGUUGUGUGGUGAGGCUGCUGGCAGAGUCUGGCGACCGGUUAGAGGGAGUCAUGGGUAGUAAAGAGUUGUUUGCUGAUAAUUAG